ACUCAGUCCACAGUUCGCUUCAGCGGAGUGCGGAGCCGCGGGAAGUCAACAGGAGGGACGGACACAUUUCAACCGCACUCAGCCAGAAGCAGGCGCUGACUUUCAGCUGCGCCACCUAUAGAUCACACACCAUCUAAUGGGUCGUGGUUGUGCCCAUUAGACCUGAGCCGUGCGUCGGGAUUCUUCUCGUGGUGUUUUUGUUUUGUUGUGUUGUACCUGGGCAGCCUGAGACGCAGCGCUGAUGGAGGGAGGCAGGGCUGAGUGCGGUGCCUAGUCCGGAGCGCAGUUGAGCCUCAUCCAUCCAGCUCAGAGCUCACUCCGCUGACAGGGAGCGGUCUGCUUUUACGCACAACCUGCGUGCAUCUGCAUCCCGCGUUUUACAGGUGAACCAGGGGCUCUCUGCACAGGCAACAGACAGAAGAAGACAAACCCAUUAAGGAUUUUUAUUUUUUAUUUUAUUUUGGCGACGGAAUGGGGGAUGUAGCCAGUUUCCACAUGCGCUUGGAAGUGGCGUGAGGCUGUUUCCAGAUUGAGAAGACGCAAACUGCAGGGGCGUGUGGCUAAUUGAAAUCGAUCUGGUGGUCUCUCUCUCUCUCUUUUCUUCUUUUGAAUGUGACGCAGCAGCAGAGGUUCUUUCUCCUCCUCUCCUCCUCUCCUCCUCCUCCUCCUCUUCCUCCUCUUCCUCCUCUUCCUCCUCACCUCCUCCUCCCAUAUCUCUCACCUCCAACAUGACUUCACUGUCUGGGACCAAGGAGAGGUCUGUGAGCAGCCGGAGCAGAAAAUAUGGGAUGCCAGACACUUCACCGACCAAAUCUGCGACCUUUUUCCCCGACACAUGGUACCGAAAGCCCUAUGAGGAGACCAGCAGAUCCGGCACACGCCCCACUCCGGAGGGUGCCGGCUCCAUGCCGAGCUCCACAGGCACCCCGUCCCCAGGCUCAGGAAUCUCCUCACCGGGGUCUUUCUCUGGAUCACCUGGGACCAUCUCUCCAGGGAUUGGGACAGGAUCACCCGGUUCUCUGGGUGGCUCCCCGGGUUUUGGCACCGGCUCGCCGGCCUCAGGCAGCGGAAGUUCCCCUGGCAGUGAAAGAGGGAUAUGGUGUGAGAACUGUAAUGCAAGGCUGACAGAGCUGAAGAGACAAGCGCUGAAACUGCUCAUCCCAGGACCUUACUCCAGCAAGGAUCCCUCCUUCUCUCUCCUCCUCCACGAUAAGCUUCAGGUGCCUAACAGUUCUCGGCUGGCGUGGAACGAGCGAGACAGUCGCUGCGAUGUUUGCACCACUCACCUCACUCAGCUUAAACAGGAAGCCGUGCGCAUGGUGCUCACCCUCGACCAGUGGGACCUGUCCCCCACCUCUUCACCCCCUGCACUGAUUGAACGAUAUGGAUCUCAAGGACCCCCGGGUCCACUGGGAGCAUCUGGAGUACCAGGAGUUCCUGGGUCACAGGACUGGCCUCCUCCUUUUCUCCCUUCCUCUUCCUCCUCGGCUGCUUCUUCGACUUCACAUCCUCCUCACCAAGCGUCCCAGUCGCCUUCCCCAAGCCCAAACCAGACCCCGACGCCCAGCCCCAGCCACGGACCAUCCAACGGCAGCCAUGGGAGUCCCUCAGUGCAAACAUCCAGCUGUGCUCCCUCAAACCCACCACCUCAAGGUCCAGGGCACAGACUGGGGUCCAAGCCCAGCUCCUUAGGUCUUGGAGGUGGGGUGGACAGAAGGAAUGGGUCUUCUGGUUCAGGAAAAACAGCUGGUGCCCAACAGCAAGUGACUGGAGUUAACAGCCCCAGCAAUAGCGGUAAUAGUAGUAAUAACGGAAGUGGAGCAGUACUGAGCACAGCAGCUCUGCAGGCCCAUCAGCACAUGAACCGAACCAACGGAGGGGUUACACUCUAUCCGUACCAGAUCUCCCAGAUGAUCGCUGAGGCCUCCAGAGAAGGACUGUCUGAAGCUGCCCUGAACCGCCACAACACACACUCUCCUUCACACACCAGUUCACCAUCACACACUAACUCUCCCUCUCACACUCAGACUGUCACCACCACAGCACCGACCGCCACCUCUGCUGCUGCCUCUUUCUUUGCCAGAGCUGCACAAAAGUUAAACUUAGCAUCCAAGAAGAAGAAGCAGAAGACAGCUGCAGUCACUCCCCCAGUGACAUCAUCAUCAUCCUGCGACCCACCUCUGUUUCCCACCAAUUUCAGCUCCGCCCUGGUGGUGGCCCCUCCCCCAGCUCCACCCUGCCUCCUCCGUGCAGCCAAUAAGAUAAAAGAUACCCCUGGGCUUGGAAAGGUGAAAGUGAUGGUGCGGGUGUGCCCAGUGUCUCAGUUGGAUGCAGCCGAGUCCAGCUCUUUCCUCAAAGUGGAUCCCAGGAAGAAACAAAUCGCCAUAAUGGACCCGGCAGCCAAUCAGACGCCAAGCGCCGCUUCCCAGAAGAAAGCAGCAGCCAAUCAGGUCCCGCCAAAGAUGUUCACGUUUGAUGCUGCGUUCCCUCCUGAUGCAUCACAGGCGGAGGUGUGUGCGGGAACGGUUGCCGAGGUGAUUCAGUCGGUGGUGAAUGGAGCAGAUGGCUGUGUCUUCUGCUUUGGACACUCCAAGCUGGGUAAAUCCUACACAAUGAUUGGUCGCGACGACUCUCUUCAGACUCUGGGUAUAAUCCCCUGUGCCAUCUCCUGGCUCUUUAAACUCAUCAAUGAGAGAAAGGAGAAGACAGGAGCACGCUUCUCUGUUCGUGUCUCUGCAGUCGAGGUUUGGGGAAAAGAGGAGAACCUCAAGGACUUGCUGUCUGAAGUGGCCACAGGCAGUUUACAGGAUGGACAGUCACCUGGAGUGUACCUGUGUGAGGACCCCAUAUGUGGCAUGCAGCUCCAGAACCAGUCCGAACUGCGUGCUCCGACCCCAGAGAAGGCAGCCUGGUUUCUGGACGCCGCCAUAGCAGCUCGUCACAGCAGGCAACACCCCAACACCACGGAGGAAGAGCACAGGAACUCACACAUGCUGUUUACAUUACACAUAUACCAGUAUCGUAUGGAAAAGACAGGAAAAGGAGGGAUGUCCGGAGGUCGCAGUCGCCUCCACCUGCUGGACCUUGGCAGCUGUGACGUCAAAGUACUUGGAGGAGCGGGAGGUGGGAAGAGCAGGGAGAACUCCUCACCCAGCUCAGCCCCACUGUGCCUUUCUUUAUCCGCCCUCGGCAAUGUCAUCCUGGCCCUGGUCAACGGCAGCAAACACAUCCCAUACAAGGACAGCAAGCUGACCAUGUUGCUAAGAGAGUCGCUAGGCAACAUGAACUGCCGGACCACCAUGAUUGCUCACAUCUCUGCCUCACCCAGAGAUUUCUCAGAAACCCUCUCCACCAUUCAGAUUGCUUCCCGUGUCCUCCGCAUGAAAAAGAAGAAAACUAAAGUCACCGUGCAGUACACCUCCAGCUCCUCUGGAGGAGAGAGCUCCUGCGAAGAGGGCCGCAUGCGGCGUCCCACCCAUCUGCGUCCUUUCCAUCACCGUGGAGACACCGACUCUGACCUUCCACUGCUGCGACUAUCCAGCGAUCCUGAUGAGUAUUCGAGCAGCGAACAGUCCUGUGACACAGUCAUCUAUGUGGGCCCAAAUGGAGCGGCGGUGUCGGACAGAGAGCUGACGGACAACGAGGGACCGCCAGAGUUUGUCCCAAUUAUUCCCGCUCUGCUACGAGGAAAAGCGUCAGAGCAGCUUCAAACACAAAGUCAAAGUCAGACAGCUGGAGUCCAGAACAAGGUGCAGUGUCAGCAGGAGGAGCAGCCCAGUGGCCCCUCUCAGGCCUCUCAGUCACUGCUUGGGCAGCCGUUGGCCCCCGUCCCAGAAGAAGGAGCGGAGUGCCUGAAGUGCAACACCUUUGCCGAGCUGCAGGAGCGACUGGAGUGCAUUGAUGGGAGCGAGGAGGUGGCAAAGUUCCCCUUUGAAGAGGUUCCAGCAAACAAACAAGGUGCCAAACAAGAGCCAUGUGUAUCUUCAUCUGUUCCAGCCACAGCUCCUGCUGCUCCUGGCUCUGCUGCCAUGUUGGAUACAGAGGACACAACAGGCUCUGCAUGUGCCGUAGAAGAUGCCGUGCAGUUCUCCUUCACCUCAGCAGCACCGGUCUGCAGGAGGAGAACCAAUGACCAGCAGCUGCAGGAGAUCAAGGAGGUGGUGGAGGAGGCAGAACUGGCCCAGACAAUGAUCCACAGCCUUGCUCAGACUUCUGGUUCCUCCAUAGUCACUAGUACCAGGAGUGUCACUGGAAGCAGCUGCAUCACCUCCAACCCCCUGCACAGGGUCAAGGGCUCCCAACUUCAUGAGAGCCAUGAGAUUCUGAAUGUGGGUGGUAACGCGGAGGGAAAGGCACGUGCUCUAGGAUCACCACGCCUCGGCAUCGCCAGCCUGACCAAAACCUCAGACUAUAGGCCUCCGUCCUCUCCAUCACAGCGGUGCAAAGUGUACACUCAGAAGGGUGUGUUGCCGGCAACGCCCCCCCUGUCCUCGUACACUCUGGCUCAAGAUGGCCAGGCCACAGAGGCUCUGAUGUCCGACAACAGUUUGGCCGCAGACAGUGGCCGUUCCUCCACAGAGUCCAUUCUGUACAGAACGUCUCCGGUGGGCAUGAGCCCACAAGUCCGAGAGCCAACACCGUCUCUGUCUGCCAGCCUGGGCUCAGCUGAGACACUCUGUGACGAUGAUGUACCACCUAUACCCAUGGACACGCACAAGGAUGCCUCAGAGCCAGCUCUAUGUGUGGGAACAGUUGCACCUCUCUCACUUGGGGAGGAUGAACUGGUGUACACUGUGGUUUCUGGAGGGCAGGAGGACCCUGACAUUGCAGCUCUCAUGGAAACAGGGGGCCUGACCUGUCAUCCAACCAGCAUCAUCAGCUUCAACAGUGAAUGUGGCUCUGUCACUGCCCUAACCUCAGGCUCUCAACCCUUCAACCUCAUCAGUGGUGCUGCUGAGAAUGGAGCUGUGCAGAAAUAUCCCCUACCUACAAGUCUGGCAGUAACCUCAGGGGUUACAGGGGUUGUUGCCAUGGCAGAGGUGGCAAUGGCCAAGUUACGGAUAGAAGGUGAAGCCUUAGCCACAGUGAUGUCUAACUGUGGUUCACCCAUGUCCUCCUGGGUGAGCGAUCUGAGCAUUGGCAGUGAUGCCGAUCAGUCUCUCCACAGCUUCAGCCAGUCUCAGAGCCAGCAAGGGGAGGCCUUAGCCGAUUCUGAUCCCAGCCAGAGCUCUGGAGUCGAGGGGCUCGGUGAUUAUGAAAGCUGUGGCAGCCCAAGGAGAGGGAGUCUGGAAGGAGAGGUGGUACAGCAAGAGAACGGCAGCGAUAAAGGAACCAAAGACAGGCUGAGGAAACUGCCGCCCUCCAUGGCUAAAACUAACAUUCAGAUUCUGGUAGGACCCAGUAGCCUCUCACCUUUCAAGACCACAAUGAGCAUUCACCAAUAUGUGGCUGUCAAACCCAUGAUGAUCCAAGAACCAACCCGGCUCUCCUCACCUACCAAGACGGGCUUAAUGAAAGAUACAAGCAAAUUCAAUGCACCACUUUUAGCUUCGAUUUCCAGUGAGAUGAGCUUUGACGACCCCUGGUUGAAGCGCGGCAUGGAGGAGGGGAGGUCCGGGGAGUCUAUGUGUGAAGUGAAGCCACAGAAAAGUGAAGCAGAUCAUGUAAAGUGUCAGGGUGGAGCUGGGGCCGGAGACCACCAGGGCUUCUGCAAGGAUGGUGUGGAUCAUUGCAGCUCUAGCUCAGGUGGUGAGGUUGUGUCAUCUCCAGAUUCCUUUAAUAAGAGAGUGGUGGAUGGUUGUGAGAUGGUCGCUGUUGUCGCCCAUGGAGAGGGCCUCACUAUGUACAGCCCAGAUAUCCACCGUACUUCCAGUCUUCCCCGCGGCUGGCACCGUCUUAACCGACACGAUGGCUUAGACAAUGGAAUCGAGUACCGCAACCUUGGCGUCACAACUUCAACUCCCUGUAGUCCCCGCUCUACACUCGACCGCCGGGGAUCAACUGGGAAACAGGGCUUUUUCUCCCACAGGAAGGGUGGGAUCCCACCGCUUCCACCGAUAAGGAAGUCCAGCCUUGACCAGCGCAGCAGGGCGGCCAGCCCUCUCCACCAACCCAGUCAUGGAGUCUCGCUGAUUGGGAACUCAGUAGAUGAUGUGGGGGUUUCUGCCGCCAGACAACGAGGCUCCAGCAUAGACAGCAGUAGACUUUUCAGCGCCAAGUUGGAACAGCUUGCGAACAGAACCAACUCACUGGGUCGGGCACACACCUCCCACACUGGUUCCCACCAUUAUGACUGCUUUUCCCUGGAGAGGGGUGAGAGCCUGAGAGGAGGAGGAGGAGUUAGGGGGGACAGCACCAUGCCUCGUACAGGGCGCAGUCUCACCCGGGCUGGAUCGGUUUCUUCUCCCACUGCAAACACGACCAACCCCGGUUUCAGUGGCAUUCCUGGUCCAAGCAGCACUCCACAGUCACCAGCCAAAACCAGCGGCCAGUCAAAACUAUCAGCUGUCAAUAAACUGCUGAUGACCAGUAGUCCCAAAGCCAGGAGUCUGUCUGCCUCCAGCACCAAGACUCUGAGCUUCUCUACCAAGUCUUUAAGCCAAACCACCAGCCGCAGCUCCAGCCUUCCUCCUAUUGGAAAACCUCAGAGCUCAGUGCAGGCUCCUCUGCAGCAGCAGGGACCCUCCCCUGGAUCCUGGUCUACCCAGUCUCUAAGCCGCAGUCGAGGGGGAAGCCUGGCAGCCAAGCUCCCACUGCGGGCCGUCAACGGUCGUAUCUCAGAGCUCCUCCAAGGAAGUGCAGGCUCCCGUUCCAGGAAUCAUGCACAGGGAGGAGGCACUGAACCUGGGGAGGAAAGAGGAGUUGGAGGAGCAAGUGGAGGGGGAGCUGGGGCAGGAGGUGGUGGAGGUGGUGGUCUGGGUGAGGAGAAAGCAGCAGUGGUCCAAACGCUGCCUUCUCCCUACAGCAAGAUCACUGCCCCUAGAAAACCUCAGCGAUGCAGCAGCGGCCAUGCCAGCGACAACAGCAGUGUGCUCAGCGGUGAGCUCCCCCCGGCCAUGGGGAAGACGGCCCUGUUUUACCACAGUGGAGGCAGCAGUGGCUACGAGAGCAUGCUGAGAGACAGCAGCGAGAACACAGGAAGUACCUCCUCUGCUCAGGACUCCCUCAGCGAACACAGCACAGUCACCACCUCCUCCAGACGGAGCUCCAAGAGCAACAAGAAGAGCAGGAGCAACACAGGCCUCCAGCGUCGUCGCCUGAUACCAGCUCUCACCUUGGACUCUUCCACCUCUUCGCCCACUCAUCGCUCCACAAAACAGGCCAUCACUUCCUCAUCUUCCUCCUCCUCCAGCCCUGGUGCCUGCUGGGUAGAUGGCCCGCUGGGGCCCCCAGCUCCCUCAAACCUCCGGGGCGCAACGGCAACGACAGAAACCUUUGAGAUCAAGGUGUACGAGAUAGAUGAUGUGGAGCGUCUGCAGAAGAGGAGAGACAAAGGAGGAAGCAAGGAGGUGGUGUAUGUGAACGCCAAGCUUCGUCUGCUGGAGAACCGCCAACAGCGAAUCAGUGAAGUCAGAGCCAAGUACCAGUGUCUGAAGAAAGAACUGGAACAAACCAAACAGUACUUGAUGCUGGAGCCACACAAAUGGACCACUGAGUUCGAGCUGCAGCAGGUCUAUGAAGUGGACUCUCUGGAGUAUUUGGAAGCCCUGGAGAUGGUAACGGACAAACUGGAGACCAGAGUCAACUUCUGCAAAGCUCAUCUCAUGAUGAUCACCUGCUUCGACGUGUCCUCAAGAAAUCGAUAGACAGAGGGAGAGAAGGGAAGCAGGAGGACAAGGAGAGGUGGAUUCACGGCAGGACUUCAUUUGAUGUUUAUUAGCCAAACACAUUUAAAAUAUGUAUCUCCUAUAUAAAUACAUCUCAUUGGAUUACUGGUUAGAUGGAAGGAGGGGAUACAAGGAUGGACUGUCCAUUUGAUUUAUCAUGUCGGGCAUCAUUAUGUCCCCAGAUGUAAGUCGGUGGAAGGACAGAUGGAUGGAGAGAUGGAGGGAUUAAAGGAAUGGAGAUAUCUGACAGGCCAACAGACAGAUGACCUUGUAGAUUUUCACAUUUGGGCUUUUAAGCAACCUCAGAAACAGUCACUGAAGAGCAUCUUAUUGACAGGCUGCUUUGACUCAGAUAUAUAUGGCUGCCCUGAAGGGGGCAGACAGAUGGUGGUGACUCUGAGACGAAACAUCAGACAAGUGACCACAUUUUUUCAGAGAACGGAAUAAUUCUACUGCAGAGAAACCUCCUAGACUCAGUCGAACAUUCAGUAAUAUAUACGGAGAGAAAAAUGGAGAGACAAGCAAAAACUGCCUUUUUUAAACAAAGGAGGAUGAAGGAGAGGUUAAGGUCAAAUAGAGGAACCAUUUCUCCUCUCCCAUUAUUUUGGAAGAGCACUUUUUAGAGUAGUUGAGAGCCAUUGACUGUAAACACAGUGCUGACUACAGAAUGGCCUGGUGUUGUUGUGCAGUUGAUGAUAGAGACUGACAAAGAGAAAGAAAAUGAUUCAGAUAAGUGCCUUGUGAACAUUUCAACAAUACCAAGACCAGUUCUCUUUCUCUCUGAAUAUGUGUACAUGCAUUAAGUAUGGUGCUUACAGAAAAAACACACACACACAAAAAAAGAUCAUUGUCCUUGGAAAAUCUUUGAAAUUAUAGCCAUUAUUAAAUGUGAUGUUUCAAGAUGCCCACUGAGCCGUGCUAGUUUGUCAGGGAGCGUGUGAUGCUUUUGUGACUCUAUCAGAAAGAGACCAGGCCAGGGCCAGGCCAGGGCAAGGCUAGCAUGCAAACUUCAGUGGAGGAAAAGAGCUUACAUUGGUGUUGCUUUCCACCGAAGCAGAAAGCUGUUAGAAAGUAAACGAAUGAAGUCUGAUGCCGAACUUGCUUCCAGACUGGUCGGAAAAAUAGUGGUCGAUGUUAAUACGGGCCAUGUAGCAAUAGCAAAGAUUUGAAUACAGCCCCUUUAAAACCACCAAACAGUUGCAAGGACCAAAAAAUUAAUUCUUAAAAACGUACAUGAUUUUUCAAGGACACAGACUCAUGUGUUUAAAUAAUAAUAAUAAUAAAAAAAACAGAGAAGAAGAAAAAAGCUACAUUCUUGUGCUGAUGUGAUUUCACUUGACUUUACUCACAAACAGAGCACAUCUGAGUUUUGACCCUCUGGGGCACACGUACCAUAUAUCCCCCACCCUGAUACAGUCGUGAUGGCUUUUUCAUGUUCAUGAAGCCAUGAAACGUUGAGUCACACAGGAGUGGAGAUGAAAAUGUGUCUCUGUGUUACAUCCAUCGACUGACUGACUGUCUGACUGACAGGUGGACUGUCUGUUAUUUGUAUCUGUGUCGUUCUGCUCUAUUCUAAAAGAAACUGAAUGAUUCGUCAAUGUGUGUUUUAUAAUAAAGUAUCUUUUUUAUUUGAGUUCAAUGGGACCAUGGAGAGACUAUGUGUGAUAGUAGGAUAAUGAAAAUAGGUAUAAAGACAAAUAUUUAAGACUAAGGAAGACCUUUGAUUUACACUGUUAGAUUGUAAUGUCUUUAUUGGAACAAAGUAGUGAAAUUAGACUGGUUAUACUUCCUAGUGAAUACAGUUAUUGUUAAAAAUGGCCGACUAGUUCAAGUUCUGUGUCCAGACAUUGUAAAGAAACAAAAAUAUAUUUAACGAAAUGAAACUAAAGAAAAGGAUGACGACCAAAUUAAGAGGCAUAGAUCUCUGCCUGGUUCCAUGUUUUUUGGAUAGCAACACUUAAAAUUUGUUAAUAUUAUCUAUGGUGCUUGAGAUGCUUAUGAUCUAAAUGUUUGUACAAAUAUAAAUAUAUGAAAGAGCCUGUUUCCCUCUGAAAUUACAGAAUAACUUUCGAAAGCUUCUUCUACAUCUCUGUCUAUUGUUGUCCACAUCCAUCGCCCUCAUCUGCCCGGGAAGCAGAGAGAAUUCUGGGAGAUCCUGUCUGUAGUCUGGGAGGAAAAAAGAGGGAAGAGACUUCACAGGAGAGGAAACUCUGGGUUAUUUGGUAUGAUGUGUCAAAAGCUUCGAAAUUGAUCACGAUCCGAACAUCAGAAACUCGUUUUUUAUAUUUUCCACUGGACGGUACUGACAGUAAAACCUUUGAAAUAUUUCAGGUUUUGAUGUUCGUGUGUUACAAAGUUAUAACAGUGAUUCAUUUCAUGAUCUGCUCACCCAUGAAAGGGUCCUGGUAACUGCGAUGCUUUUACAGACAGAUGACGUGAUCUAGUCACAGGUGUGUGAAGUUUCUCCUGUGAUAUCUCUCCUUUCCUUUUUUAAUCUCCCAGUUCACUGUACAAGUCAUGAAUGAAGUUUUUUAUUUAUUUGAGCUCAGGAGAGCAGAUCUCGCCUGUCAACGUUUUUAUUUAUUUACACCUUAUGAUCUUACAAAGUUACUAUGCAUUUAAGAAAAAGAAAAAUAACUGUACAUAUAUUGCUGAGCCCCAUGUCAUAUAUAAAUAUAUAUACUGUACACAUAACAUAUAAGCGCUCAUCUUUAUUUUAUAUAUUUUCUGUUGAAUUAUUUUGCUCCUGCGGUUCUAGUUGGGGAUUUGGAUGGGUUUGGGUUUCCUAAAGUUUCCACAUCCAGUGCAGAUUAUGUGGUUCCAGCACAACAAGAAUUUCAGGUGAAAAAAUACUGAGCAAAAUGAUGAAUUAAUGGUUGAUUUUUUUUUACAUGUGAAGAAGGAAACGUUUAAGCAUGAAAACAGCUGUGUUGUUUUAAAUGAAAUGCCAGUAUCUUCUACAGUAUUAACUAAAGGCCUUGUGUUAUUAGCAGUGGAUGUUUUGGGAACCCCAACCUCUGGAUGAGCUAAACGGCUCGUACUCAUUUGAAAAUGCUAUGUGUGAGGUUUCCUCCUCCAUCUGUCACUGCCAAAUGUACUGGGGUGGCGCUUUAUAAUUCUAGCAAUAACUGUGAAAAACACCUUGGGUUUUGGUGAACUUUUCAAAAGUAAAGGUUUCAAGAAAUUAACAAACUGACGUAUGUGCUGUCGGUAAAUUCAAGAAUUCUAAUGUGUUAUCUGGAAAUCUGACACAUAGCAUCUUCUAAAGAAUAUUGUGUGUUCAAGUCUGAGUCAGACCACAUUUUCCAAAAGUAAUCAUCAGUUGUAGUAAGUGACACUCAUUCAAGGGUUAGGUGUUGAAAAAUCUUUAUGAUUUGUAUGUGUACCUAUCACUCAGGUUUAUGACUGGUGAUUGGUGCAUUUUGGUGAAUAUGAAGUGCAAGAUUCUCACUGAGUGUUGAUGAUUAAAGAUUGCAAUUAUAACUGUCCUCUGCAGAUGGGCUUUUUUUGAAAAGUGUGGUCCGACACAUUGUAUUGAUGGGAGAUUAAGAUGGAGGGAAUGUAAAUAAAGGAAUGUAUUGAAAGAG